AUGAAAAUUAUAAAAAAUGGAUCAAUAUGUAAUAAUGCUUUUUAUAUUACCUUAAAAUUAAGAAAAUAUUUUAACUCUAUUCCAAAAAAUAAUGAAAAACAAGAAAAAUUUUUAAAAUAUAAUAAAAAAGAUGCAUAUGAAAGAAAAGUAAUCAAUAAUCACGUCAAUAAUGGAAUAAUAAAUUUUAAAAAAACAGGAGUAAAUAAACUUUUAAAGUAUUUGCUACAUAAUUUAAAAGAUGAAAAAAUAAAAGAAAAAAAAGAAAAUAAGAAAAUUGAAGAAAUAAUAGAACAUUUUUUUAAUAAUAAUGUAAUUAUAAGUAAUUUAAAUUUUAUUCAAUUUAAUAUGCUUCUUACUAUAAUAAAUAAAAGUGAAAUAAAACUAAGUAAUAAAAUAUUGAAUGAUAUUGUUUUAUUAUUAUAUAAAAAAAUUGAUAUAUUUAAAGGUGAUAUUAAUAAUACCAUUUCCUCAUGGAUAAAUGUAAUUAAUAUAAUUUCUAAUAUUUCAAAGAAUAAUAAAUUUAUUAUAAAUUUAAUUCAUAAAAAAAUAGAUGAUGUAGAAAAUAUAGAAAUAAAAAAUAAUGGUUUAUCCUUUGUGGAUAAAUUUAUAUAUAGGAUAACAAAUAAGGAAUAUGAUUAUUCUAUUAGAGAAAUUUCUUUAUUACUAUAUAGUUGUCAUAAAUUGAAUAUAAAAAGUAAGGAUUUGUUUAAUUUUAUUUUUGAAAAAAUUGAUAAAAACAAUUAUAUAUUCAAUUGCUUAGAUAUAAAUAUAUUUGUGUAUUCUAUCCAUAAAUUAAAAUUACAUAAUUAUAGCAUAUUUCUUGACAAAAUAAAAAAAGAAAUAUUAAAAAAUUUAUUAUAUUUUUCGAAUGCCCAUUUAAUAAAUAUAUUAUUAGCAUAUAAAUAUUUUUCAUAUAAAAAAAAAAUAUAUUCAAAGGAAGAUGAAUUAUUUAUAAAUAAACUAUUUAACAGAUGCAUAGAUAUUUUAAAUUCAUUUCCUAAUAGAGAGUUUUGCAAUUUUCUUAAUUUUAUAAUUCAAAAUGAUAUUUAUAUGAAUGAAAAACAACGAAAUGGAAUUUUUGCAGCCAUAUCAAAUUUACUGAAUGAUAAUAGUAAUAUACUUAAAAUUAAUUUAAUGAUAGACAUAGAUAUUUUUACUAUAGUAAAUUUUAUUUACAAGUAUAAAAAUGAUUCUAUGAAAUAUAUAAAUGAUUCUACUUUUAAUAAUUUAGAUAAAUAUAUAAUUAAUUUAGUAAAAAAAAAAAAAAUGAAUCAUAAUUUACUAAUUUAUAUAUUGCAUUUCUAUAAAUGUAGAGUUAAUAUUAGUAACAAGAUUCUAUUAUUUUUUCUUGAAAAUAUUCACAUAAAUAAAUUAGAGUUUAAAAUGAAAGUUAUUUUAUUAACAUCCUUAGAAAGGUAUUUAGAUGUAAUUCAAAACAAAUACAAAGAGAAAAUUUUAAUUAAUAAAUAUUAUUAUGAUUUAAUAAAUUGCAUUUAUGAGGAUUUGUGUAAUAUUAUUAACAAAAUAGAAAAUUUAGUCAUUGAAGAAAAUCAAAAUGAAACUAAAGAAAUAAAUAUUUAUGAGAAAAAAGAAAAAGAAAUACUUUCUCAAAUUGAUAUUAAGGAGAUAUUGAAAUUGCUUAAAAAAAGGAGUUACGAAAUAUCUCAUCAUUAUAAUACAUUAAAUAAUGAUUUAGAAUAUAAGAUAAAAAAUGUGGAAAAGAUGUUGUAUAAUAUAUUAGGUAAUUAUGUAAUAAAAAACAAAAUUUUAGAACUGUUUUAUUUUAUUUUAAUGAAUAAAAAUGUGCAUAAAAUUUUUCUUGAUAAAUCCGAAUCAAUAAUCAAUAGUUGUUUUAGUAUUUUAAAUAAUUAUAUAUUAGAAUUAAAGAAAAGUAAUAGAAAUGAGAGUAAAAUACAAUAUAACUUCCUGCAUUUUCUAAACUUAUGUAAUGAGUGUAACUUAAUUAAAAGAGGCAAUGUUAACAACUUUUUAAACAAUAAAAAUAUAAUAUUAAAAUAUAUAGAUAUUCUCAAUUUGCAACAAGAAAAACUUAAUUAUUUUAAUUUAUAUGUGCAUAUGCUUUUAUUUGAUUUAAAUAGCAACUUAUUGUUUUUUAUCAAUUAUUUAUUUAAACUAAUUUUUCAAUGUUUAAGAAACAGAGAAUUUAAUUUUGAAGACAAAUUGUCAAAUAUUGUUGAUAUAUAUUCUUCAGUCAUUAAAGUAAAUAGCAAUUAUUACAAUUUAUAUAUAAAUAGUAUUUAUAAAAUAACGUUUUGUAAAGUAUUUCAUUAUUAUAAGAAGUUGAAUUUUAAAUAUAUAUCUCUUUUAUUUUAUUCUAAUUUAAUUCACUUAUUUUUGCAUAUAUAUUCAAAAAAUAAUUAUAUUAGGCAUGUUAUUUUAUCUUUCAGAUUGCUAUUAAGACAAUUCUUUUAUUUUUUAAACUCAUUAGAUGAAAACAUUUAUAAUUUAUUGUUAAUUAAUUUUGAGGAAAUUACGAAAUAUUACAAAAGGAAUAACAAUAUGCAUCUAUCAUCUUUAAUAUCUUUAAAUGAAUUAAUUUAUAUUUAUAGAGUUUUAACCAUUUUCCACUUUGUUAAUUUAUAUAAAUAUAUGAAUAAUUAUGAAUUAGAGUGUUUUUAUAUUUUUUAUAAGAUCUUAAAAUUUUAUAUUUUUAAAGUAAACAAUUUUUCUGUAAAUGAUUUUACUCAAACUCAUAAAAAUAUUUCAAACAUUCACAGUUCGGUUUUAAAUUGCUUAAAUGGAAUUUUUAAAAAUAAUAAAAGAAUAAAUAUAUUAAGUGAAAAAAUUUUAUUCCCUUUGUUUAUUAUAGACAUUUUAAUUUAUAAUAAUUAA